AUGAAUGUGGCUUCAAUAUUUCAAUUUUCAGCCCAGGACACAUGCCGCGCUUCAUCAGUCCCCAGCAGCCCAUCUGCGACUGCACCUACAUCAUUCCCAGACCCGCUGCCACCAUCAUCACACGAAACAGAGCUGUCUGCCAACAUGUCGUUCAUCUCGCACAAUAUCAUUCCACCUGAAGAUCUGCAAUGCCCAGUUGAGCUCGACGACGAAGAUGAUGGAAAUCUGGAAAUCUCAGGAGAUGGGCUAGGUGAUGAGGAUGAAUUCAGCAUAGAAGGUGAUGAGGCGGAUGAUGAGAGAGACCCAGGAGAGGAGGAUGCAGGAAUGCAGGACAUGACAGGGCUACAUCCACGACGUCCCAUGCCACUGUGGUUGCGCGAUGCCUUCAAGUUGAAGGUCACCAAGUCUGCGCAGCGAAACAAGAAGGGGCUGCCGCCACUCUAUGCAAACCAUCAGACCUUCUGGUUUCCCCAGCCAUCGACAUUUUUUAUCCUUCAAUGGAAGGUUGUCUCACCGCAAAAUCUCUACAACCCCAAGUUCACGUUGUGGGAUCCUGAGUCCCUCUGUCCCAAUGGUAUUCCUUGCCCAAAUUGUUGUACUUGGCUUUGCCGACUCUGUCAUAUAUCUCACCCUCGCCGCUGUGUCAGUAUCAAUGAAACAUUUAUUAUUAUUGGAUACCGAUACCGUUGUCCGAAGUGCCUUCACCCUGUAUCUGGUAAAAAUACUGUUACAUUUAGGAACUGGGACACACGAAUCCUGGCUGUGUUGCCAUCAGAGCUUGCAACCAAGUUUCCCGCUCGCCUCAGCCAUCGAAGUGGCAUCUCCACCACUCUUGCUGGGUGGAUGUGGUCCUGCUUUCAGAAUGGCAUGGGAGCAAAGCAAUUUUCCGAUGCUCUGUGUGUCCAACAUCUACUAAAAUAUGAUGAGCUGCAUCUUCAGUACCUGGAUCUCCUUGCUCGCUGUACAUUAGAUGGGUGGAGUGGUCAAAAAUAUGAGGCUUUUCCUCUGUUUGAGAACAGAGGCCCACAAGGGCUCCAUGGCUUUGUCCCUGGAGCUAUAUGGAUUCAAGACAUGUAUGACUGCUAUAUUGAGGAACAUAAAUCCAAGUUCAACCAACAUACCGCCAUGCUCAGUGCUGAAAUAUGUGCACUUGAUCAUAGUCACAAGAUUACAAAACACAUCACAAAAGUUAAUGGAGAAGAGGUCUUUACAGCAUUGCUGACGGUCACAAAUCAACUGGGCAAGAUCAGAUCCUGCAACUUGGUUGCAACAAAAUCACAUGCACAGUUCGAAGAGGCACUGAAGGGAAUUCUACACUCACUCAAGUUAUACAGCCAUAUUUUGCUGUACUUGUUUUUCACUGAUAACAUGGCCGAUAAACAAUUCCUCGAGCACUGCUUUCUGUCCCUUUUGGAAUCUGUGGUUCCGGUUGAGAAGUACCAGAAUCUAGAACCUCUGGUUGUGCCAGAUAACGUCCUGAUUUUCAUCUAG